AUGCUUGAAACUUUCAGCGGAAGAACUUUAUUCUUGCUAUUUUCUGUCUAUUUCUCACAAGGAUUCCGCCAAUUUGGGUAUUUUGCUACAAGUCUCUAUUUGAAAUUGUCAUUCGGGAUGGAGUUUUCUGAAAAUCAGCUAAUACAGACAAUGAUCCUCUUAGCUUGGAACAUAAAACCAAUUUAUGGGCUUAUAAGUGACAAUUUUCCUAUAUUUGGAUUCCAUAGAUGUGGAUAUUUAUUCUUAUCUGCUACGAUCGGGACGAUCUCUUUUAUGACCUUCUUCUUCAUACAAAACUUGACUGCCUCUAUUAUUGCUUUAAUCAUUUCAGAACUCAGCCAAGCGAUAGCAGACGUAAUGGCUGAUGCUAUUGUGGUGCAAGAAUCAAGAAAAACUCAUAUAGAGGGAUCCGACUACCUUCAGUCGUUCUGCUGGUUUUGGCUUGCAUUAGGUGCUAUUACUGGUGGGCUUUUAGGUGGGUUUUCCUUGAACUUUUUGUCUCCUAAUAAUGCUAUUGGUGUCCAAGUGAUUUGUCCAAUUCUGAUCAUGAUAGCUACAUUUUUAUACCCCGAGCAAAAAUCAACUGAUCACAGCUCUUGCAGCUCAUUUUGCUAUAAAUUGCGAAGGCUAUUUAAGCUUUGGUCCAAGCCAAUUGUGUUUAAAGUGAUGAUUUUCAACUUCCUUAACAGAGCAACUGUCCCUUCCUUUUCUAUGCUGAUGUUUUAUUUCUAUUUUGACAAGGUGGGAUUUUCAAAAGAAUUCACAUCAGCGCUUACAACAAUUUCGUUUAUAGGGCUUGCCUGUGGAAGCUUUGUGUAUGCAAAAUUUUUUACGAAAAUUGCUUUUAAAAAGCUUAUGUUCUGGGGGUUGAUUUUUAUCACUUUUUUCAGCAUGAUAGAUUUUUUAUUGAUUUUUGGAGUUUAUAAAGACAUAGGGAUAAAGGCAGAAUAUAUAGCUGUUUUUAGCACUUUUAUUGGAAAUAUUGCAGAUUUUACAAUAAGAAUGAUGCCAACAUUAGUGAUUGCUAGCUUAUUAUGCCCAAAUGGCUCUGAAGCAACCCUCUUUACAUUAUUUAAUUCAUCAAAUAAUAUUGGAAUAUCUGUAUCAUCUUUAUUAGGUCCCAUGAUAGCAAAUACCCUAGGGAUUUACAAUGCAAAUAAUCCAAAUAUCUGGAUUCUAUUUGUAAUUGGAAGUCUCUCGAAUCUCAUAUUAGUGCUAUUUUUGUUUUUGAUCCCAGAAAGUAGAGAAAAGUGUUCAGUUGAAGACGAAAAGCUUGCCCAGCCUCUGCUUAAGAAUUAA